UCAGCUGUUGCGAGCAGGAAGUGUCCGAGGAGUGGGUGGAGACUGCACCAUGGCCCCGGACCCCUGGUUCUCCACCUACGAUUCUACCUGCCAAAUUGCACAAGAGAUCGCUGAGAAAAUUCAACAACGAAAUCAGUAUGAAAGAAAUGGUGAAAAUACAACCAAGCUUACCGUGACAAUCAGAGCUUUGUUGCAGAAACUGAAGGAAAAGAUCGCCCUUUUGAAGGACUUAUUGCUAAGAGCUGUGUCAACACACCAGAUAACACAGCUCGAAGGAGACCGAAGACAAAACCUUUUGGAUGAUCUUGUAACUCGAGAGAGACUACUUCUGACAUCCUUUAAGAACGAGGGUGCAGAACCAGAUCUCAUCAGGUCCAGCCUGAUGACUGGAGGGGCCAAGCGAGGAGUACCCAACCCGUGGCUCUUCGAGGAGCCGGAGGAGACCAGAGGCUUGGGUUUUGAUGAAAUCCGGGAACAGCAGCAGAAAAUUAUCCAAGAACAGGACGCAGGCCUUGAUGCCCUUUCCUCCAUCAUAAGUCUCCAGAAACAAAUGGGGCAGGAAAUUGGGAAUGAACUGAAUGAACAAAAUGAGAUAAUUGAUGACCUUGCCAACCUGGUGGAGAAUACCGAUGAGAAACUUCGCACCGAAACCAGGCGUGUGAAUCUGGUGGACAGGAAGUCCACGUCUUGUGGUCUUGUGGACCCCGUCGUACCUUUCCUGUGGCACCAUUUGUAGAACUCACGGUUUCCAUGGUAGAUAAUCAUCGGCUGAAAGAGGAAUCACCAUAUUGACGAUGGUUCCGAUAGGGCCUCCACACUCUGCCCACGCUGCGCUGUGAACCGUCUCCGAAGUGCGGGAGCUUUUCCCCAUCCCCCUGGGGUCUCUGCGGGGUUUGUAAUUGGGAUUGACCAUCUUUUGAAGUUUCCCUUGGACUCAACGCAUUUUCCUAGCUCCGCUCUCCCCAUUGCUUUACCUCCUUCUGUGUCCUUCUCGUUGGUGCCUGAUGUUCCUUCCAGAUACUCAAUGCAUUUAUUCGUUUAUAGCAAAAAGAAUGUCUCGUGCCUCUUUCGUGUGCCAGGCCCUGCCCCAGGCACAGGGGACGUGGUGGUGAACACAGCCCCUGCCAUAGACGCUCACGUGCCAGUAGCGGAUGUAGACAGUAACUGACUGAGGACCCAAAUCGUGGUUGAAGAAGGGUCACUGCAGAGACAGAAGGAACACGGUCCAUUGCAGGUCACGAAGGAGUUCCUGGAGGAUGGGAAACUGAUGCUGAGUUUUGGAGAAUGAACAGGGGUUAGACUGAGAGGGACAGGAAAGCACGGGUCCAGGCCGGGAGGCAGGAGGGUGCAGGGCACGUUGGAAGAACCGAAGUCAGGAUGGCCCGAGCACAGGACACCGUGUGGCUUCACGGGUCGCAGGGGGCAGAUGACGCAGGGCCUUCAAAUGCCAUGAGGAGUGGGGAUUCUAAGCCGUUGGACCGUUUUGAGCCAGGAAGCAACCUGAUCUGAUUUCCAUUCCAGCUCAAUUGUGGGGAAAGGACUGGGUAAAGGGAGCGGCUGGUCAGUCCUUGCAGUGACCCAAGCAGGAGAUGGUGGUGACUAUGAUGCCUGAGGCUGCUUCCAUCGGACCGCAGGCUCCAUGCGCAGAAACUCAAACCCGAUGUAUGGUUUCUCCUUCCCAGCCAUUUACCGCUCUUGAUUUCUUUGUCCUGCUUUUCUCAUAAUCGCCCUGAUUUGAAAAUUCAGGGCCACUCAUAUGGGCCUCCCCUUGGGCCAUCGCAGCCUUGGUCCAGAACCCGGGCCGCACAGGCAGCCUCUCAGCCCCACGCACCCUCCCAGCCCCAAUCCUGGCUGAGCGUCGGCGGCAGGACUUCUUCCUGAGCCACCACUCAGCCCGUCUUCUCCCCUUUCCUCAGAAACGCAGUCUUCCCCCUUGGCUUUAGGAUAAGCCUGGGCUCCGGAGGGCCAGCAGUGGCCCCUGACGCUUCACCUCGGUCUGUCUGCUUCCCUCGUUUUCACUGUUUUUUAAGGAAAAAGAUUGCACAAUAUGAACCUUUCCCCCAGCCAAGAAGCAGUGGGAUUCCUGCCCAGGUGGAGCCUUCGGUCAGCCUGGAGAUGUUUCUGGAGGCAGAAAUGAAUGAAAAGAUGUGUUCUUCCACUCUGGCAAGAAGGUGGACUGAGAGAAUGUUCACUCAACAGCCACACACACCCCCACCGCCUUACUACAAGCAUCUUGAAAUGCUAGAUGAAAUAUUACAACACCCCCUAGAGUGUUAACGGAUGGCUGAAUUUACAAGGAAGAAAGGAAAUCCCAGAUGAAAGAAAUGGAGGGAGAGCCAGAGACCAGCACCUAAGUGAGACCAUCCGUGGCCACAAUGACGUAGAACAGGGUCGGCAGAUUCUGUGAAAGGCCAGCCAGUAAGUGCGUUAGGCUUUGCAGACCCCAGACAGCGUGACACAUCUCCUUUUUCUUUUUUGACAACCCGGUAAAAAUACAAAAACCACUCUUAGCUCAUGGGUUAUAUAAAGCAGACCACAAGGGACUUUCCUGGUGCCGCAGUGGUUAAGAAUCCGCCUGCCAAUGCAGGGGACGUGGGU